AUGUGGGCGAACUUUGCUCGCAGCAAAUUUUUCACGGCUGGGAAUACUACAACGAACAGGAUCGAGUCAAACUGGAAUCAAGUGAAAAUACUGUUGGGGCACAAGACACGAAUUGACAAGACUAUUGCGGGCUUGGUGCAGCAUCAAAUCAUGAUAACUCAGCAGAUCGGGUUCGUCACCGCGCAGCACCAUUCGACUUCGACCGUUCCUAAAACCAUACCGAUGUUUCUCCGGACGGUAGCAACUCGACUGUACCCUGACAUCUUCGAGAAAGUGAGAAAAUACAGUCACCAUUUACCAUGUCGUCAUCUUAUGCACUUAGCACGCGAGGGGCAUGGCUUCAAACUGCUUCCAGCUAUGGCAAUUCAUGAUCGGUGGAGUACGUACCAGACCUUGGAAGUGAGAAACGAAUUGACGGCUGCAGCGGAAAUAUUACAGCCAGUUGUGCAGAUGUCCAAGUUAAGGUUGCCGAAAGUAAAGUUGCCGAACGACACGGGGGCUGAACCAGAACAACCACUUUAUGCUGCGGGGGGGUAA